GUGGAAGAGAGAAAGAAAUGAGCUGUGAGAUUUUGCGACGGAGGAGAUUUGUCUUUGUGCGACGUAGUACGAACCCUAAAUCCUCUUUUAGCUCUGCCCUCCAUCUUCAAGCUCUCCGAAAAAUCUCAGCUUUCGUCGAAUCUUUCUCAAAUUAGGUGAAGUUUUGAAUUGCGUAGCGGCUCCAAAAUCAUGCUGUUCAAUAGGCUAUCAAGAUUAGGUUCUAGCAUUGUUAAAGAGCUUCCAAGAGAGAGGCAUUUCUCAAUGCGUGGAAUGAGGAUUCUACAAAGGUCUUAUGGCCAAUAUCUGCAAUCUUCGGAAUCUGAACACCACCCUUGUCAGUAUCAUGAAAUGGUUAAGCCAUUUAUAGGAUAUGUGAUGCUUAAUGAUAACAUAAGUUCAGCAAUCAAUAGAGAGAGAGAGAGAAAUAACGAUUUGGCUUUGGCUCAAACUAAUUUGGUGACUUGUCCAAUGCCACAAAGGCAAACUAGGAGUUUCCAUGAAGCAUUUUUCUCGAGUAAUCAUCAUAUGUUUUCUGCAUCAUAUAGCACAGCCUCUGAAAAAGGUGGCGAAGAAACAGAAAAGAUAAACGUUAUCUUUGUUGAUAAAGAUGGAGAGGAAAUACAUGUUAAGGUCCCCAUUGGAAUGAACAUCCUUGAAGCUGCUCAUGAAAAUGAUAUUGAACUCGAAGGGGCGUGUGAAGGUUCUCUAGCAUGUUCGACGUGCCAUGUCAUUGUUAUGGACACCGAAUACUACAACAAACUCGAAGAACCAACAGAUGAAGAGAAUGAUAUGCUAGAUCUUGCUUUUGGGUUAACAGAAACGUCGCGAUUGGGAUGUCAAGUCAUUGCAAAACCAGAGCUAGAUGGAGUACGCUUAGCCAUUCCUUCAGCUACCAGAAAUUUUGCUGUUGAUGGGUUUGUUCCAAAACCUCACUAGUCACACUAAAGCCUCGGAGCUGAGGGGUUAUUUUGAGUUUACACUGGUUUACUAUCCGGAAAAAAAAAACUCAUUACAUAAAAUUACCCUUAGGGAGUUAUACAAAUGUAUUUCAGACGGUGAGAUUUCAAUUGCAGCAUUGUCUUAUUGUUUC